GUCUUCUUCAGCCCAAUGUUUUACUGCCCACUAGUGAGAUACAUUGCUACAGGGUGUUCAUCUCUACUGGUGUUCAGGGCAGCUGGCAGAUCAUUUGCACGCUGCAGCUCAAGGAGGUACAACAGAGAAGGACUUGGAGGACAUUGCUGACUCCCCUACAGAACACUCCUUUUGUCUCCUCUUCCUUCACAAGUUGCUAGAGGCAGGAGGGAGCCAUGCCCUACCUGUACCAGGACUCAAAGCCGAGGCCACCCGUGCUGCCCGGGACAGCUCGUGCCACCCACAGCUCAGGCAAAGCCUAUCAGGAGUUGAAGCAGGAGUGUCUGCUCAAGGGGGUCCUCUUUGAGGACCCUGAUUUCCCUGCCUGCAACUCCUCACUCUUCUUCAGUGAAGAGCCACCUAUUCCCUUCAUCUGGAAGAGGCCCAGGGACAUUGUCAAAGACCCCAAGUUUAUUGUUGGAGGAGCCACAAGAACUGACAUUUGCCAAGGGGAUCUUGGUGACUGCUGGCUAUUAGCAGCCAUAGCUUCUCUUACAUUGAAUGAAAAAACACUAGCAAGAGUGGUGCCACUGGAUCAAAAUUUUGGGCCAGAUUAUGCUGGAAUAUUUCAUUUCCAGUUUUGGCAGCACAACGAGUGGCUGGAUGUCGUGAUUGAUGACAGAUUACCCACCUUCAAGGGCCGCUUGGUUUUCCUGCACUCAGCUGAACACAAUGAAUUUUGGAGUGCCCUGCUGGAGAAAGCCUAUGCCAAGCUGAAUGGCAGCUACGAGGCUCUGAAAGGAGGCAGCACAAUAGAAGCCAUGGAGGACUUCACUGGGGGUGUAGGAGAAAUGUAUGAGGUUAAAAAGGCUCCUGACAAUUUCUAUGAAAUCCUAGAGAAAGCUCUGAAAAGAUGCUCCAUGGUGGGCUGCUCUAUUGAUACCAGCAGUGCUGCCGAGUCAGAAGCCAAGACGCCCUUCGGCCUCAUAAAGGGCCAUGCUUACUCCGUGACUGGCAUCUAUGAGGUGAGCUAUCGGGGCCGGCGAGUGCGGCUUAUAAGGAUACGGAACCCCUGGGGACAGGUGGAGUGGAACGGCCCUUGGAGCGACAACUCUCUGGAAUGGCGUUCAGUAAGCCCAUCAGAGCAGAGGCGCCUGUCUCAAGCAGCGCGGGAUGACGGAGAGUUCUGGAUGAAAUUUGAAGACUUCAAAGUGCAUUUUGAUAAAGUUGAGAUCUGCAACCUCACUCCAGAUGCCCUGGAAGACAGCACUGCCCACAAGUGGGAGGUGACCAUCCACCAGGGCAGCUGGGUCCGGGGAUCCACUGCAGGAGGAUGUAGAAAUUUUCUAGAGACUUUCUGGACAAAUCCACAAAUCAAACUACAUUUGACAGAGAAAGAUGAUGGAGAAGAUGACUGCACAUUCAUAGCAGCACUGAUGCAGAAGGAUCGCCGCAGACUCAGGAGGCUUGGAGCUGAAAUGCUGACCAUUGGCUACUCUAUCUAUGAGAGCCCCAGCAGAGACGGACACUUGGGCAAAGACUUCUUCAGGUACCACCCCUCCAAAGCCAGGAGCAAAACCUACAUCAAUUUAAGGGAAGUAUCUAACCGAUUCAAGCUGCCACCAGGUGACUACAUUCUUGUUCCGACCACAUUUGAGCCGCACCAGGAGGCAGAUUUCUGCCUGAGAAUCUUCUCUGAGAAGAAAGCCAUCACUGAGGAUCUAGAUGAAAAUGUUGCCAUUGAUCUCCCUGAGCCUAUAAAUCCAACCCCAACCUCACAAGAAACUGAAGAAGAAAAGCAGUUCCGGGCACUGUUUGAGCAGAUUUCAGGAAAGGACAUGGAGAUCUCUGCAGAAGAACUCCAGUAUGUUCUGAAUGUCGUGUUAAAAAAAGCAAAGCACAUCAAAUUCAAGAACUUAAGUCUCAUCUCAUGCCGAAAUAUAAUUUCUCUUAUGGAUAUCAGUGGCAAUGGGAAACUGGAGUUUCUUGAAUUCAAAGUUUUCUGGGAAAAACUGAAGAAAUGGAUAAAUAUCUUUCUUCAGUUUGACUUUGACAAAUCUGGCUCCAUGUCCUCCUAUGAGCUUCGCAGUGCUCUUAAAGCUGCAGGAUACCAACUCAACAAUUACCUGUUGCAACUGAUUGUCCUCCGAUACUCUGAUGAGCAGUUCCAGAUUGGAUUUGAUGAUUUUCUGAACUGCUUAAUCCGCUUAGAGAAUGCAAGUCGAGUGUUCCAAGCACUGAGUGUGAAAAACAAUGAGUUCAUUAACCUGAAUAUAGGAGAGUUUAUCAACCUGGCAAUGAACAUUUGAAGAAGCCUGACUUGGAUGCUGUGAAUUUCUUGUGGCAUCGUUGCUGAGACUUCUGUUCCCAACGGCUGGGGUCCUCUUCUCACGUGAACUGUGUAUGCUGCCCACUCUUUCUGGUCCCCAGCCCCAUUGAUGGGUUCAAAGGCCAGACCAUAUUUCAGUUUUAAUUUUGGUAAAGUUUUAUAUUGGAUUUGCUGCUCUGAGAGGCAUCUGGAUGAAGCACACACACCUCUCAAGCAGGCUGAAACUGAUGUCCCUGAGCAACCACAGGCUUUUAUCAGAUAGGAUUGUAUUUAGUUUCAGUACAACA